AUGGUGGAAGCAAACACGGGGAAAGAUCCCUCCUCAGCCUCAGCCCCCGAGUCCACAGGCAAAGAGCCCAUGGACAUGAACCCCUCUGGCACUGAGGACCCUAGUGGUCCCGAACAGCCUUCCGAACAGCCAGCCCCCGACGCGGCUGAAAUUCAGGGAUCGACCGCUGGCGCAUCGUCUCAGCUGGCCACUGAACCGGUCGCAUCACCUCCUAGUGCCUCGGGUGCCACUGAAAAUGUCGAGCCGCCCAAGAAAAACCGUCUGUUGAUUCCAAUCCCAUCGCGACGAUCCUCCAAGGUGGAGAAGCAAUCGACUUCGGAAAAGACCGCAGAGGCAACACAGGAUGAAUCCAGUCGGAGAGGAUCCAAGGUCAGCAUCUUGAAGAUCACCCGGGAUCGCAGCCGGGCGAGCAGCAGACGAUCGCGACGGACUCAGCAAGAAGCGGCGACUGUGGACAAGAGCCAGGAGAAGACAACUCCGACCCCACCUGAGAUGAAUGGACCCUCCAAGCCGCAAGAGAAGAAAUCAUCCAAGUUGUUUGCCUUCCUGAGCUGCUGCUCUUCGCCGGAUGUGGAUGGCGACGAUAGCACCGUGCCUCCGAAGAAAACGUCCAAGCAGCCCCCUAUGUCCAAUCGGCUACCCACUCCUGACAAAGCGGAAGCUCAUAAUGGAGACUCCAGCACCGCCGAAUCCAGAGACCCAGCUUACUUCGGGGAUGAGAAAGCCGUUGCAGUGACGGCGGACCACCCGCAGCUUCAAGAGGAGGAGCUGAACGCGCAGGUUUCGCCCGAUACGCGAGGUGAGGGGGCCUCUGCUGCUGCUAGUAAGCCUGACGUUCUGCCCGCGAGCUCCAACGAGCAUGAGAACACUACCGUGGCGGCAAAUGGAGUAGUUCCCGAAUCCAACAAUGAUCUUGCCAAAUCAGAUGAGCAGACUGCCGCGACAGAAAGUGUCACGACUACGGGGACAACCACCCCGCCCGCAGCAAGUGAAGGUGAGACUCGAUCGCAUCAAGAGGAAGUAGUUCAGGCACCGGUUGUGCUACCCCCUCCCCCACCACCACCAGCUCCUGAGCCGAUGACCGCAUCAGAGGGAGGUGAGCAGCAGCAGUGGUUGCUGCCGCCGGCGCUGCCACACCUGUCGAACCGCAAGUGUCUUGUGCUGGAUCUUGAUGAAACACUCGUACACAGCAGCUUCAAGGUUCUCGAGCGUGCCGAUUUCACGAUUCCCGUGGAGAUUGAAGGCCAGUAUCACAAUAUUUAUGUGAUCAAACGGCCAGGCGUGGAUCAAUUUAUGAAGCGUGUUGGAGAGUUGUAUGAAGUGGUUGUGUUCACGGCAUCUGUUUCCAAGUACGGUGACCCUUUGCUGGAUCAACUGGACAUUCAUAAUGUUGUGCAUCACCGUCUCUUCCGCGAGAGCUGCUACAACCACCAAGGAAACUACGUCAAGGACCUUUCACAAGUGGGCCGCGACCUACGUGAAACGAUCAUCAUCGACAACUCGCCUACAUCUUACAUCUUCCACCCUCAACACGCGAUACCAAUCAGCAGCUGGUUCUCUGACGCUCAUGACAAUGAACUGCUGGACCUCAUCCCGGUUCUCGAGGAUCUGGCUGGGGCCCAAGUCCAAGAUGUCAGCAUGGUCCUGGACAUUACUCUUUGA